AUGAUCUUCUUCAACAGCAAGUACAUGGCCCUUCUUGGGGCAAUUGUCUCGUACAUAGUCGCCAUCUCAAUACUCUGCGCCUUACGUCCAGGCCUUCGUCAGAUACCAGGCCCUUGGAUUGCUAGAUGUAGCCCUAUUUGGAGGGUGAUAUUCGUGUGGAAUGGAAACGCUCAUGAACGAUACCGAGAGCUUCAUGUAAAGUAUGGACCAAUCGUGCGAACUGCCCCGAACGUCGUUGAUAUCUCGGAUCCUUCCGCCAUAUUCACUAUAUAUGGCAUCGGCAGCAAAUUUCUCAAGUCUGCGUUUUAUCAUACCCUAUCAAUGGCAUACGAAGGCAAAAACAUGCCUAGUAUGUUCUCCACCACCGAUCCCGAAGAGCACAAGGCCCUCAAGCGGCCGGUUGCUCAGAAAUUCUCCAUGAGCUCGAUCCGAACACUCGAGUAUCUGGGGCAGGUUGUCGACCUCGGAACCUGGGUUCAGUGGUACGCCUUUGCCGUAAUUGGCGCUAUCUCGUUUGCUCGAAGAUUCGGGUUCAUGGAAGAACGCAAAGACAUCGAGGGAAUGAUUGCGGGUAUCGAGUUCGGACUUGUCUAUGUCGGCCGGGUCGGGCAGGUGCCAUCUCUUCACCCGUUUCUCCUCGGGAACCUCGCCCUUAGGAGGGCUUUUUCUAAACUAGUCCCCGUCUCCAGAGAUCCCAUCGCAACUUCCACAAAGAUGGUGUUGGAAGGCAUCAAGGAGUACGACGCCGAAGAGGCAGACACCACUCAUAGACGAGACUUCCUAGCAUACUUGCGACAGCAGCAGAAGUCCACCGGCACCAUCAUGAGUACGUGGGAGCUUAUGAACCACUUGAUGAACAAUCUUCUAGCUGGAAGUGAUACUACGGCUAUUUCUCUCCGCGCUGUAUUCUACUACCUCCUGAAGAACAAACACGCGUAUCAAACGCUGCAACACGAAAUCGACAAGGCCGACAGGGACGGAAAGCUGUCCCCCGUUGUGCAGUACAGCGAGAGCCUGGAACUUGAAUACUUGCAAUUAUGUAUCAAAGAAGCCAUGCGAAUGCACCCCGGUGUAUCAUAUCCCCUUGAGCGUAUAGUGCCCGAAGGUGGAGUUGAGCUAUGCGGAGUACAGCUCCCAGCGGGAACCAUUGUAGGCAUGAACGCAGCAGUCAUCCAUCGUAACUACGAAAUAUUUGGUGAAGAUGCCGAUGAGUUUCGACCCGAGCGUUGGCUCUGCCCUGAGGAGCAGGCCAAGAACAUGGAUCGGCACUUAUUGACCUUUGGAGCGGGCGCAAGAACGUGCAUCGGGAAAAACAUUUCUAUCAUGGAAGUCGGCAAGUUUGUGCCCCAGAUCCUUCGCCAGUUCGACUUAGAGUGGGCAUCGACCGAGCCAGAAUGGAAAGUCAAGACGUUUUGGUUUGCAAAACAGUCAGGACUUCUGGUCAGAUUCACUCCUCGUGCAGCGGCUAGCAAUUAG